AUGAACGCUGUUCUCAACCCGAUUUUCUAUUUACCCGACGAGCCUGACCCGACCCGAAGAUUCGAAAUUCUCGCCCCGACUCGAAUCCCUAGAAUGUACCAUUCGGCGUCUCUCCUUCUUUCCGACGGCAGAGUCUUAGUCGGAGGAAGCAAUCCUCACCGGAAUUACAAUUUCACGGCGAGGCCGUACCCGACGGAGCUCAGCCUCGAGGCUUACCUCCCGCGUUACCUCGAUCCACAGUACGUGCGCGUGAGGCCGACGAUUAUCACGGUGGAGCUCGCCGGGAAUAUGUUGUACGGUCAAGGUUUUGCGGUCACGUUCGCGAUUCCGGCGUUCGGAAUGUUUGACGGAGGAGUGUCGGUGCGGCUAGUGGCGCCGUCGUUCAGCACUCACUCGACGGCGAUGAACCAGAGGAUGUUGGUGUUGCGUGUGAGGCGCGUGAGUCAGUUAUCUGUUUUCGCGUAUAAAGCUGACGUGGAAGGACCAACGAACUCCUAUGUGGCACCGCCUGGGUAUUAUAUGAUGUUCGUGGUCCACCGUGGAAUCCCGAGUGUAGCUGUUUGGGUUAAGAUUUAA